GGAGGCGGAAACAGCCGCAGCUAUGGCGGCGGCAGCGCCGCUUUCUCUGCUGGUGCUGCUGCUUCUCGGGCCGGGCGUCUGGGGCCAGACGGAGCCCCCACGCGACAGCCUGCGGGAGGAGCUCGUCAUCACCCCGCUGCCUUCUGGGGACGUAGCCGCCACAUUCCAGUUCCGCACGCGCUGGGAUUCGGAGCUGCAGCGGGAAGAAGUAUCUCAUUAUAGGCUCUUCCCCAAAGCACUGGGGCAGUUGAUCUCCAAGUAUUCUCUACGGGAGCUGCACCUGUCCUUAACCCAAGGCUUCUGGAGGACUCGAUACUGGGGGACACCCUUCUUGCAGGCCCCAUCAGGUGCAGAGCUGUGGGCCUGGUUCCAAGACACCGUCACUGAUGUGGAUAAGUCCUGGAAGGAGCUCAGUAACGUCCUCUCGGGGAUCUUCUGCGCCUCUCUCAACUUCAUUGACUCCACCAACACAGUCACGCCCAGCGCCUCCUUCAAACCCCUGGGGCUGGCCAAUGGCACAGAUCACUCCUUCCUGCGCUAUGCGGUGCUGCCUCGGGAGGUCGUCUGCACUGAGAACCUCACCCCGUGGAAGAAGCUCUUGCCCUGCAGUUCCAAGGCAGGCCUCUCUGUGCUGCUGAAGGCUGAUCGCCUGUUUCACACGAGCUACCACUCCCAGGCAGUGCAUAUCCGCCCUGUUUGCAGAGAUGCACGCUGUGCCAGCAUCUCCUGGGAGCUGAGGCAGACCCUGUCCGUUGUAUUUGAUGCCUUCGUCACGGGGCAGGGGAAGCAAGACUGGUCCCUCUUUCGGAUGUUCUCCCGAACCCUCACAGAGCCCUGCCCCCUGGCUUCGGAGAGCCGAGUCUAUGUGGACGUCACCAACUAUAGCCAGGACAAUGAGACAUUGGAGGUGUACCCGGCCCCGCUCACCACGUACCAGGACGUCGUCCUGGGCACCCGGAAGACCUAUGCCGUCUACGACCUGCUGGACACGGCCGUGAUCAACAGCUCGCGCAGCCUCAACCUCCAGCUCAAGUGGAAGAGACCCCCAGGGAAUGGUGGGUGGGAGGUGGGCAGCCGCAGCCCCCAUAGGCUACAGAGGGUUCAGCUCGUGGGGGAGACUCACAGUCCUGCCUCUUCACCGCGAGAGGCCCCACCCACGCCUUUCCUGUACGCCCAGCGGUACGUGAGCGGCUACGGGCUGCAUAACGGGGAGCUGAGCACGCUGCUGUAUAACACCCACCCGUACCGGGCCUUCCCCGUGCUGUUGCUGGACACUGUGCCCUGGUACCUGCGGCUGUACGUGCACACCCUCACCAUCACCUCCAAGGGCAAGGAGAACAAACCAAGUUACAUCCACUACCAGCCUGCCCAGGACCGGAUGCAGCCCCACCUCCUGGAGAUGCUGAUUCAGCUACCGGCCAGCUCGGUCACCAAGGUCUCCAUCCAGUUUGAGCGGGCGCUGCUUAAGUGGACCGAGUACACCCCGGACCCCAACCACGGCUUCUACGUCAGCCCAUCUGUCCUCAGUGCCCUCGUGCCCAGCGAGGUGGCCGCCCAACCCGUGGACUGGGAAGAGAGUCCCCUCUUCAGCACCCUCUUCCCAGCCUCCGACAGCUCCAGCUACUUCGUGCGGCUCUACACGGAGCCACUGCUGGUGAGCCUGCCCACGCCGGACUUCAGCAUGCCCUACAACGUCAUCUGCCUCACGUGCACAGUGGUGGCCGUGUGCUACGGCUCCUUCUACAACCUCCUCACCCGAACCUUCCAGAUUGAGGAGCCCAGCAAGGGCGGCCUGGCCAGGCGGCUGGCCAACCUCAUCCGGCGCGCCCGAGGCGUCCCCCCGCUCUGAGGCGCGCCCUCCUCACCGCUGGGCUGCUGCUUCUCUCCGAGGUGGGUGGUGACGGACCCCCAGGGCUGCUUCUGCCGCGUGCCCUCCCCCGAGGCAGUUUUUGAACCAAGCUGACCCCUGGAUUGGGCCAGGGCCUCAAGUGGCGCUAUCAGGACAGUAGCCACUAGCCAGAUGUGUGUUUGAAUUGAAAUUAAUUGAAAUUGAAAGUGUACUUCCUCAGCCGUACUAGCCCCAUUUCAAGUGCUCGGUAACCAAAAGUAAUCAGCAGCUGCAGUACUGGGCAGCGAGGACAGAUGUUUCCAUCACUGCAGAAAGUUCUGUUAUACGGUGGCCUGGAUAAUAGGAUGUGCUGAGGAAUUCGUAUCGUGCAGUAGGUGGAGUUCACUGGGUGUGGAAUAAAAAGUGCCUAUUUCCUUGGUU